UGCGCUCUCGGGUUGAAGACUGAUCUCAGUCAGACCACGAACGCUUUCUGCUUCUAAAAUGAAUGAAUACCAUUCAUAGAGGAAAAUGUAAACCGCCAGUAGCGCAACAGUCCUGCUCAGACACCACAGCUCCGGGAUUGGUGUGGACAGGACUUCUGUGUAACUACGUGUCUAUGUCGGAGACGUGAGAAGGAGCAGGCGAAGAGACUGGACGCUAUUAUUCGGACUCUAGAUAAACUAACUGAGGAUUGGGAGCGUGCCCAAUACCAAGGGUGAAAAAGCAAGUGGCGAGUUUGGGGCCAUUUGCACGACAGCUUCUUCUUCCGCACUUUUGAGGAGACGAACUUAACUGUCGCUCUGGACUCAACGCUGAUGGGAGCUGUUGAGCUGAAGGAGUGAGGAGAUGACAAACGUAACAUGGACACACUAAAGGGAUCAAUAACAAACGUCGCAGGAGAUGUAAUCAGAAAAACGGUGAAACUGCUGGAAAAGACAAAUCCAAAAUUCUACACACCUGUGACUGAGCCUGUACUGACCAAAGACCGCUAAGAUGGAGUUGCUAUGGAAACUCAUAAUGUUGCUGUCAUUGGUAGAGCAUCUGUCAGGAAGUGGAAUCCUGCUGAGGCCUGUGUUCACCAAACAACCAGGCAGUGUGGUGUUUCCCAUUCAGCCUGGUGAGAUUCGUAGAGAAGUGGUGUUUAGCUGUGAGGCCCAAGGACAUCCUCUGCCCUUCUACAGGUGGAAGCUCAAUGACUCUUUCAUCCUGCCCAGCUCGGGAUCACGUUACUCUCUAAUGGGUGGAAACUUACACAUCAGUCAGCUGAAUAAAGAGGAAGAUGUUGGUGUGUAUCAGUGCCUGGCAUCCAACUCCUUUGGCACAAUCAUCAGUAGAGAGGCCAGUCUCCAUGUUGCCUAUUUGGAGAAUUUCAAGACUCAGAAAAGAGGUCCAGUGAGGGUUCGCGAAGGUCAAGGAGUGGUCUUACUGUGUGGUCCACCCCCUCACUCUGGAGAUCUUACCUUCACAUGGAUCUUCAAUGAGUACCCAUCCUUUGUCAUCCAGGACACUCGCCGAUUUGUCUCCCAGAAGACAGGCAACCUUUACAUCGCAAAAGUGGAGCCCUCUGACGUUGGCAACUACACAUGUGUUGUGACAAACAUGGUCACCAAAACCAGUGUUCAAGGACCACCAACACCUCUAGUCCUGCGGGUCGAUGGUGUGAUGGGUGAAUACGAGCCAAAGAUUGAAGUGCAGUUCCCUGAAGUUGUCCCUGUCGCUAAGAGCUCGACAGUCAAACUGGAAUGUUUUGCACUCGGAAACCCAGUGCCAACAAUCAGCUGGAAAAGAGUGGAUGGUGCCUCUUUUGGCAGGAAGGUGGACAUAAAUAAAGCCAGUGGAGUUUUAGAGAUCCCAUAUUUCCAACAGGAGGAUGCAGGGAUAUAUGAAUGUGUAGCUGAAAACAGCAGAGGAAGAAACUCGGUUAAAGGAAAACUUUCUUUUUAUGCUCCACCACAGUUGAUUGAGAAGCCCCAGGAUGUUCAGAAGACCAUUGAUGACACUCUGGUUUGGGAAUGCAAAGCCAACGCUAAGCCCAAGCCCUCAUACCGCUGGCUGAAGAAUGGAGAGCCUCUGGACCCCAUGGAGCAGGACAGAAUUCAGGUAAAUAAUGGAGUGCUGACAUUAAACAGCUUGAAUAUGGCUGACAUUGGCAUGUACCAGUGCGUGGCAGAGAACAAGCAUGGCCGAAUCUUCAGCAACGCUGAGCUACGAGUCAUUGCCAUUGCUCCAGAUUUCUCCCAGAACUUGUUAAAGGCUCAAACUUUGGCCAGACAGGGUGGCGACGUUCUUAUUGAAUGCAAGCCUAGGAUGUCUCCUCGGGGUGUGAUUUCAUGGAGGAAGGGGAAGGAAGCCCUGCGAGAGAGCCACAGAGUCACAGUGUUGGAUAAUGGAAGCCUACGGAUAUCCAACGUUACUAAAAUGGAUGCAGGACUGUACACUUGCGUAGCCAGAAAUCAGUUUGGAGUAGCGAGCAGUGCUGGGAGCCUUUUGGUUAAAGAGACAACUGUGAUCACCAGUCCAGCCGGCUACCUGGAUGUGACGGUGGGGGAAAGCGUCGUGCUCCCCUGUCAGGUUUCACAUGACCCAACUCUGGACCUCAAGUUCACCUGGUUCUUCAACGAGCAGCUCAUCCAUUUUGGAAGCCACGCAUACUUUGAAAAAGUUGGAGGGCGUUCAGCUGGAGAUAUUAUGAUCCGUAACAUUCAACUGAGGCAUGCUGGGAAAUACACAUGUGCCGUUCAGACUAAAGUGGACAGUGUGUCCAUUGCCACAGAUGUGGUUGUCAGAGGUCCUCCAGGCCCGCCUGUGGACUGCCGGGUGACUGAGAUGACUGAGACCACUGCCUCUGUAUCCUGGGGACCUGGAUUGGACAACCACAGCCCCAUCCUCAGCUACACCAUCCAGGCCAGAACGCCUUUCUCUCUAGGCUGGCAAGCCGUUACCACAGUUCCCAGACUGCUAAGGGGGAAGCAGCUGUCAGCCACUGUCGUUGAAUUGAGUCCCUGGGUGGAGUAUGAGUUCAGAGUUUUAGCAACAAACGACAUAGGGACAGGAGAGCCCAGCAAACCCUCCACAAAGGCCCGUACCAAAGAGAUGCUUCCCAGAGUGACCCCAGCAAGGGUGAACGGAGGUGGUGGAGGACGUUCAGAACUGGUCAUUACUUGGGAACCCGUCCCUGAGGAGCUGCAGAGCGGUCCUGGAUUUGGAUAUGUGGUGGCUUUCCGCCCACUCGGAGCACCAGGCUGGAUGCAGGCUGCUGUCACAUCCCCAGAUGCUUCUAGAUAUGUCUUCAAGAAUGAGAGCAUCCCUCCAUUCUCCCCAUACCAGGUUAAAGUUGGGGUUUACAACAACAAGGGAGAAGGCCCUUUCAGUCCAGUGACCACUAUCUACUCAGCAGAGGAAGAGCCCAGCAGAACUCCGGGAAGGCUCAGAGCGAGGAGUGUGUCAGCAUCUGAGGUAGAGGUCACCUGGAAGCCGUUGGCUUGGAGCAACAACCGCAGACGCAUCCUGGGCUACGAGCUGCGGUACUGGGGAGAGAAGGAAAAUCAGGAUGCAGCAAGUGUGAUCAGGACUGUGGGGAAUAAAACUUCAGUUCUCAUCAGGGAUCUGGAGGGCAGCAGUACCUAUUACGUGUCCCUACGGGCCUAUAACAGCGCUGGAAUCGGUCCACAGAGCACCAUAGUCAAUGUCACUACUAAGAAACCACCACCCAGCCAAGCGCCAGUCAAAAUCAUGUGGAACACUUCCAAUUCCAAGGUCAUCCUAAGGUGGGACCAAGUGCACGCCCUGGAGAAUGAGUCAGAAGUCACAGGAUAUAAGGUGAUGUACAGCCAGGACAAACACAGCCAUCCCAGUGUGGUGGAGACCAACAGCACCUCCUUGGAGCUGUCGCUGCCGGUCAACCAAGACUAUGUGAUCCAGAUUAAACCCUUCAGUGAGGGAGGAGAAGGCAUCAGCAGCCGCCAGAUAACUAUUCCUAAGGUUGAAGGCUCCAUAGCCAUGGGAGCAGCUCCAGGGUCCUUGGCAUUUUCAUCGGUGAACCUUGCAGCCCUAAUCCUCACAGCCAGAACGGUGCUAUGACAAACAUGCAGACACUACAGCUACCUAUUCAGAGGAAAAAACACCAGGUCAAAGACGACACAAGGCCGACAGCUGCGUUUCAACCUGCUCCCUCCCCUACCCGUGUCUUUCCUCUUUGCUCCACAAAGAGGUUUCUGUGAGGAAGAUUUUUUUCCACCACCUUUCUUAAGAGGUUACUGAAAGAAACCAGUUCUUUCAGAAGUUGCUUUUAUGGAACUGAAAGGAUGCCGUGAUUUGACUGACUGCAGUCUCUUUGACGAUCCACCUCCUUUUCUAACCAGCGAAUAUUCUAAUUUGGUUAUGACCUUGGAGGAUGCAUUAGGACAUUUAUAUGUUUUCUCUGUGGGACUGUGUGGGUUCUGUUAAAAGGAUAAGUACUGUUUGUACCACUGAACUUUUCUUCAAUGACUGAAUUUAAACAUAACUGAAAGCUGAGGGGACCCAAUUGUGUGUUUAAGUGGAUGAUGUUCGGUUUGAGCUUGCUUUAUGACAGGAAGUGCUGCUUCUUUUAUAGGAAACUGCAUCAUCUGAGAAAGAAAUCCAACUGGUUCUCAUCCCUGCCCCAAAAAAAUAUAAAUAAAAAAAUUUAAAAAAAAAAGAGAAAGAAAGAACAAAGAAAAAAAGUGUUAAGCCUCAUUGCUUUAUGACAAACCAUAAUUUGGGACCUUCCUGACUUUGCCUGGAUUGUAUUGGUAUUUUUACAUACAUGUCACUAUUAAACUGACUGAACCAAAGGAAUGAAGACAGCAAGGUUCACUUCAACCUGUUCUAUCAUCAUGAAAGGUAACCUGUUGACCCAAUGUGUGACUUCAUUGUAAAACAGCUAACCCAUGUUGAUAGUCAGUCUCACCUUCCUCCCUCAUCCACGAUAAGUGUGUAACAAAGGCACGUAUGUAUGAAAUCCUCAGGUCCCAAAUGCGCCUUAAGUCUUAUGAUUAUAAUCCAUGUUGUGAUUAUUCAAGAGAGGUAUUAUUUAUUUCCCUUUCCUGUUUUCCGUUUAUCAACAUUGUAUUUUGGUUUUCUUGUGAUUUUUCACUUUUACUAAUUUUUAAAUCAUAUCUUUGUGUGUUUUGGCUCAGAACAAACAGGCUUUUCUCUCAUGUCUGUCCUGAUGAGCAUUGUAACUCAGUAAGUGACAGUGAUUUCUGACUUUUCUAACAUAGCUCAUUACAAGUAGGGACAUUUUUUUGCUAACAGUAUUUCACUGUUUAGCAUGAGAUUUGUCUGUGUAUGUUCUUUGCUGAGGGUGUUUGAAUGGAUGAACCUGCUUUUAAUAAAGAUAAUGCCAUUUUCCUCA